AUGGAGUACACGCCGCCCCCCAAGCCGCAGCUCUCCUCCCGGGCCAACGCCUUCUCCAUCGCAGCCCUCAUGUCGAGUGGCAGCUCCAAGGACAAGGAGUCUUCCGAGAGCACCAUCAAGCCGCUGGAACAAUUCGUUGAGAAAUCCUCUUGCGCUCAGCCUCUGAGUGACUUAUCCAGCCUGGACCCUCACGGGGAUUUUAGCACCAGCCCUUCAUCCCUGUGCACCGAGCCCCUCAUCCCCACCACCCCUAUCAUCCCCAGCGAGGAGAUGGCCAAAAUCUCCUGCAGCCUGGAAACCAAAGAACUCUGGGACAAGUUUCACGAACUGGGUACCGAGAUGAUCAUCACCAAGUCCGGGAGGAGGAUGUUCCCUACGAUCAGGGUUUCCUUCUCGGGAGUGGAUCCUGAAGCCAAGUACAUUGUGUUAAUGGAUAUAGUUCCCGUGGACAAUAAAAGAUAUAGAUAUGCCUACCACAGGUCUUCCUGGCUAGUGGCUGGAAAAGCUGACCCUCCGCUCCCUGCAAGGUUGUACGUGCACCCUGACUCCCCGUUCACAGGAGAGCAACUGCUGAAGCAAAUGGUGUCCUUCGAGAAAGUCAAGCUCACCAACAAUGAGCUGGAUCAGCAUGGCCACAUCAUUCUGAACUCCAUGCACAAGUACCAGCCAAGGGUGCACAUUAUUAAGAAGAAGGACCAUACAGCUUCUCUGCUAAACCUGAAAUCGGAGGAGUUCAGGACGUUUAUCUUUCCAGAGACCGUUUUCACUGCUGUUACUGCCUACCAGAAUCAAUUGAUAACCAAGUUGAAAAUUGACAGCAACCCUUUUGCUAAAGGAUUCCGGGACUCUUCCAGACUCACUGAUAUCGAGAGAGAAAGUGUGGAGAGCCUUAUCCAAAAGCAUUCCUACGCCCGAUCCCCCAUUCGAACCUAUGGAGGAGAGGAUGAUCUUGGAGAUGACAGCCAGGCAACACAAAGCAGAGGAUCAGCAUUUACAACAUCCGACAACCUGUCCCUCAGUUCCUGGGUAUCCUCCUCAACCAGUUUCCCUGGAUUUCAGCAUCCACAGUCUUUGAGUGCCCUGGGUACCAGCACUGCAUCCAUAGCUACACCCAUUCCUCAUCCAAUCCAAGGAUCUCUGCCUCCGUACAGCCGCCUGGGAAUGCCUCUCACACCCUCUGCUAUAGCCAGCUCUAUGCAAGGUAGUGGCCCCACUUUCCCUUCCUUCCACAUGCCCAGGUACCACCAUUAUUUCCAGCAGGGUCCUUAUGCAGCUAUCCAGGGACUGCGCCACUCCUCUGCAGUGAUGACACCGUUUGUAUGAGUGAUGUAAGACAAGAAGAACGUGAGAUUUUCAAUGUGCAAGUUUGCUAUGAAAAGAUAUGAGGGACCUUCCUGUGGCAGGAGUGCUGAACUCAUCACAAACCAGCUAAGAAACAUGCAUUAUGGAUAUAGAUUCCUCCAUUGAGGGAUCACGAGA